UGCAGUGUUUACUAAUAAAUUUCACUUUUCUGUUGUGGUUUUAUAUAAUUUCACUUUCAGCGCAUGGAAGAAAUAGAAAUUGAGCCUCCGAACGUCUCCGUUCCCAUUUCUGACCGAUACCCUGAGGAAAUAGAGAGAAUUUCCUCGGCUGAUUUAACAUAUGCAGCAUUUUUUAGCCGUUACCUUCGACCAAACCAUCCCGUGAUAAUCACAUCAAUCGCCAACAAUUGGGAGUGCUACAACAAGUGGAUCAACAGGACAGAAAAUACACCUUCAACACUCGAUGUAGCCUACUUGAAAGCAAGGCUCCCAAAUGUUCCUGUGCCGGUCGCGGAUUGCGAAAAGCAGUACUAUAAUUCUCACGAAAAAGUUGAGCUGCAGUUGCACGACUUCUUAAACAAUUGGGCGUCCGUCGAAGAUAAAGAAACUACACCAACAGGGCUGCGGACAAAUCGAAGCCGAUACUAUCUCAAAGAUUGGCACCUGCGAAGCAGUGUACCGGAAUAUUGCUUCUACCAAACGCCACCUUACUUUGCUUCCGAUUGGCUUAACGAAUAUCUGGUGGAAAAGGGUAUCGAUGAUUACCGAUUCGUUUACAUGGGCCCCAAGGGAACCUGGACCGGGUUUCACGCCGACGUGUUUGGAUCCUACAGCUGGUCGGUGAACGUUUUCGGACAGAAACUCUGGUACCUUCUUCUGCCGGGUGAGGAACGAAAACUGCUGGACUCGCUGAACAAUUUACCGUUUAUGAUCACAGAAAAAUUGCUCCAAGAAGUAGAUGUUAAAUUCUACACUAUCCGACAACAGCCGGGAGAAGCCAUUUUUGUUCCUUCCGGGUGGUAUCAUCAGGUGCUGAAUGUUGAGGACGCGAUAUCCGUUAAUCACAACUGGUUCAACGGUUGUAACAUUGGGUUGAUCUGGAGUAACCUUUGCGAUGCACUGCGAGAUGUACGGCGUGAGAUUGACGACUGUCGUGAUAUGGAUAACUUUGAGGAACAUUGCCAGUUAAUGUUGAAAGCAAGCUUUGGAAUGGACUUCCAAGAUUUCCUGACCAUUAUCUUCUACAUCUGUGAUAAACGACUAGCAAGUAUUCAACGUGGGACAAAAGAUAGACAGUUUACUACGUACGAGCUAGGCAAGCGGCACGCGGAAUUUGACUUGAAAGCCAUCCAACGUCUUUUAACUGCUAUAAUGGAAGGAGAUCAUUUAGCUUUCUCUCCUAAUCUAUUCAGUAACGCUAUGAACUGGCUGAACAAAGUGAAGUCAAUUGAGAUUUCUUUGCAAUCAUACGAUACAGUAUAAAAGAAUACAAUCUUAUACCAAAAAACUCAUGGAAAUAAAGGAUCUCAAUGUGGAUUUAUCCCAACAAUAAAAAACCGCAACCUUAAUAUU